ACUGCACGAGGAUGGAUGUCCUCCAGUAUUCUGGAUAUUAAAAAGUGCUUUUUUUGUUGUUUUUUUGUGGACAAUUCCACCUUUAGACAGUGCGUGGCUGAGGAGCUACCGUUUGCCGACAGCUCAGUGGACCUGAUAACAGCCAUGUCCGCCUUCCACUGGUUUGACAGAGCACGCUUUCUGCAGGAAGCCUACAGGGUCCUGAAGCCUCGUGGCUGCUUGGCUCUGCUCAACUACACCCUCGAUAUGGAACUGGCCUACCCGGGUUGCUGCCAACAGUCACUCAACCAAGUGUGCAAAGAGUUCUAUGCUGCUUUGCAUCCUUACCGUAGUACGAUUCUUGGUCCAAAAUCUAUUGAGUUAUACCGAGAAGCCUACAAUUCCAUCCCCUAUGCUGACAAAGAGUGGAAUGAGGGGAUGUGGGUGAAGAAGUCCAUGCCCCUGAGCAGCUACAUGGGCUUUGUGGAAUCGUUCUCCAGCUAUCAGGCUCUGCUGAGGGAAGACCCCCAGAAGGCCAACAGGCUCUCACAGGACAUUUGUCAAAGGUUGAUGUCUGUCAUGAAGGUGACCUCUGCAGAGACAGAAGUGGUGCUGAGUGUCAAGUAUUUCUACCUGCUGGCGAGCAAAAACGGCUCUGAUGACGCCUAAAAUUUUUUUUUUAAUGAACCU